AUGACAAGUGAUCUUGAUAUGCAACAAGAUCAAGAUAUGAAUAAUAAUAAUAAUAAUAGUAGUAACAAUAAUAGUAAUAUAGAUAAUCAUUCGACAAUUGUAAAUAGUAAUAAUAAUGGAUUAGAAGAAGAAGAAGAAGAUGUUGAUAUAGAUGAAGUUGAAACAAAUACAACAACAACAACAACUACUACAACAAGUAGUAAUAAUAAUAAUAUACAUAAUGAACAUCCAAUGGAUGAAGAUGAUAUAGAUGACGAUAGUCAUAUAACUGCAGAGGAAGAGGAAGAAGAUAAUCAUGUGAUUGAAGAAGAAGGCGAAGAACAAGAAGAAGGAGUAAUGGAGGAAGAAGAAGAAGAGGAAGAGGAGGAGGAGGAAGUAGAGGAUGACGAUGACGAUGAUGAAGAUUAUGUGGAUGACGAAGAAGAGGAAGAGGAUGAGGAAAAAGAUAUGUCUGAACAACAACAGCUUGAUCAAGAUGGCCAGUUGGAUAUAGAGAUAGAUCAGCAGGAUCAACAGCAACUACAACAACUACAGCAACUGCAGCAGCAGCAACAACAACUGCAACAACAAGGACAAGAUCAGAAGCCAAGAGAGGUAUUUAAGAUGCCAGAGGACUAUCUCAUCCCGAUCAAGCUGGACGUACACAACGGAAUCUACAAACUCUCCGAUUCAUUCCUCUGGAAUCUCAACGAGGAUUCCAUCACACCGGAGCAAUACGCCAAGAAUCUAUGUACAGAGAUUGACUAUCCCGAGUGGUUCGACGAGAUGGUUGCAACAUCGAUAGCCAACCAAAUCAACAGUCAUCGUGAAAUCAUGAGAAAACUCAAUGAAAUGUUACCAUCGUUAGGUUCCGAAAGAUUAGUACCAAUAUUUUUGGAUUUAACAGUUAAUGGAUUAAAUUUAAAGGAUCAAUUCGAUUGGGAUUUGUUUUCAUCUAAUAGUGUAGAGGCAUUUGCAAGAUCGUUGUGUCUGGAUCUCGGUUUGUCAAGAGAGUUUGAGAAUGCUAUUUCAUUUGCCAUUAGAGAACAGAUUCAAUUUUACUUUCAUCAACUCACACUGAACCCAGUGAAAUUCCCAAUUAGAGCACCAGUUCACAUUCAACAAGUUAUUAGAAAUGAUUUUGAAUUACCUGUUUGGACACCAACUGUCAUUCGUCAAGGACAAAUACCAUUCCCAUAUCCAUCGAAUAUGAUACCUCAACAACUAAGAAGAUAG